AUGAAAGAAAACAGUAAAGGGGAGGGAAAGAAGAAAAAAAUUGAGAAAGAAAAGAGGAAGAAGAGAGUGAAGAAAGAGAUGAUAAAGGCAGAAACCAGUAAGGAAGUCCCUUCCUCAGACUGUAGUGAAAGCUGCAUCAUGGGAUUCAGAAAGGUCGCCCUGCAAGGGAAACCGACAUGUUGUUACGCCUGUGUUCCAUGUCUACAGGGGGAGAUUUCAAAUCAGACAGAUUCCUUGAACUGCUUCAGAUGUCCAUGGGACCAAUGGCCAAAUCCUGAAAAAUCCAGGUGCCUCCCUAAACCCACAGAGUGCCUGUCUUAUGAAGAUAUAUUAGGAGCCAGUUUAGCUGCUAUCAGCAUAAUGUCUUCGAUAUUUCCAGCUCUUAUCUUGGGGCUUUUCUUCAGUCGCAAGAGCACUCCGCUUGUGAAAGCCAGCAAUUACUCCCUAAGUUGUCUUCUACUCAUGUCCCUCAGUCUCUGCUUCUUUUGCUCCUUAGGAUUUAUUGGUUUCCCUGAUCAUGAUAAAUGUCUUCUACGUCAGGUGUCUUUUGGUCUGGUAUUCACUCUCUGUGUUGCAUGUAUAUUGGCCAAGACGAUCAUGGUGGUUUUUGCUUUCAUGGCAACUAGACCAGGGAGCAGUUUAAGAAAAUGGACCAACCUAAGAGUCUCCUACUCAAUCAUUUCUAUCUGCGUCCUUCUACAAUUAUUAUUGUGUAUCACUUGGAUAUCAGUGGCUCCUCCAUUCCCACAAUACAACGCUGAAGAUAAACCAGAACUUAUUAUUGUGGACUGUAAUAAUGGGUCACCCAUCGCCUUCUGGGCCAUGCUUGGCUAUCUAUUUCUUCUGGCUACUAUUAGUUUUAUAGUGGCCUUCUUGGCAAGAAAACUUCCAGACAGUUUUAAUGAAGCCCAGUUUAUAACAUUUAGUAUGUUGGCCUUUCUGUGUGUUUGGGUAUCUUUUAUUCCAGCCUAUCUCAGUGCCCAGGGUAAAUAUACAGUUGCCAUGGAGGUAUUUGCCAUCCUGGCAUCUAGUUGGGCAUUGUUGAUUUGUAUGUUUUUUCCUAAAUGUUUUAUUUUACUGUUCAGACCAGAGAUGAAUUCCAAAGAUUAUCUCAUGAUGAGGAAAAAAGAUAAAGAAACAACAAGCAGAUUAUAG